UUGCAACUCAACCGUACCGGGAAGCUUGGUCCAGGAGAAUCUCUGUAGCAAUGGCGGCACUGCAAAACUUGCUCGGGGGAUUUUCUUGGUUUUGUGAAAGAGAACUUGACUUUGGUUCUUUUUGCGUUCAAAGAACAAUCAUAGAUGUUAUAAAUCUGUUAUUCCUUUGUGUUUUCUAUCUUCUCUUGCUUGUAGGGUCUCUCAGAAAACACCAAAUAAGCCAAAAUAGUAGAAGGGAUUGGGGCUCAGUUGUUGUUUCAAUCUGUUGUGCUCUUAUUAGCAUUGUGUGUCUUGGAACCGGCUUGUGGAAUCUAAUAGCAAAAGAUGACAGAACUAAGAAUUUGAACUGGUUGUUUGAUCUUCUAAGAGGGAUAAUCUGGACUUCAUUAGCUGUUUCUUUGCUAGUUCAAAGAGCCAAAUGGAUCAAAAAUUUUAGCUCGAUUUGGUGGGUGUCUUUCUCUUUAUUGGUGUCAGCUUUGUCUAUUGAGAUUCUGUUGAAAGCACAUAGCAUUCAAAUUUUAGACAUCUUGUCAUGGCCUGUGAACAUUUUGCUCCUAUUUCGUGCUCUUAGAAACUUCAUUCAAUUAGCUAAAGAUCACACUGAAGACAAAAGCCUCUUUGAACCUCUCUUAUUGGAAAAGACUGAACAAAAACAAAUAGAACUUUCUCAGGCCACUUUUCUUAGCAAAUUGAUAUUUUCUUGGGUUAAUCCUUUGCUUUCUUUGGGUUAUUCCAAACCAUUAGCUCUGGAUGACAUCCCUUCCCUAAAUCUAGAAGAUGGAUCAGAUUUGGCCCACCAAAAGUUUGCUGAUGCAUGGGAAUCCCUUCUGAGGGAGAACUCAAGCGAUGAUACAAGAAACUUGGUUUUCAAGGUCAUAACAAAAGUUUACUUCAAGGAGAACGUAGUUAUAGCCAUUUGUGCAUUUCUUAGGGCAAUAGCUGUAGUAGCUCUUCCUCUCUUGCUCUAUGCUUUUGUAAAUUACUCAAACAAGGAGGAACAAAAUCUGCAUGAAGGUCUCUCUAUAUUAGGGUGUCUCAUUCUUUGUAAGACAGUAGAGUCAUUCUCGCAAAGGCAUUGGUAUUUUGAUUCAAGGAGAUCAGGGAUGAGGAUGAGAUCAGCUUUAAUGGUGGCUAUCUAUCAAAAGCAGCUCAAGCUCUCGAGUCUAGGAAGAAGAAGACAUUCCACUGGGGAGAUUGUGAGUUACAUUGCAGUAGAUGCCUAUCGAAUGGGAGAAUUCCCAUUUUGGUUCCAUUCAACAUGGAGUCUUGCAUUGCAACUUUUCUUGUCAAUUGGAGUACUUUUCUCAGUAGUUGGUCUUGGUGCUAUCACUGGCUUAGUCCCUCUCCUUAUUUGUGGAUUCCUUAAUGUGCCAUUUGCAAGGUUACUGCAAAAGUGUCAAUCUGAAUUUAUGGUUGCGCAAGACAAGAGACUGCGAGCCACUUCUGAGAUUCUAAAUAGUAUGAAAAUCAUCAAGUUACAAUCAUGGGAAGAGAUAUUCAAGAACUUGAUUGAGUCCUUACGAGACAAUGAAUUUAAGUGGCUGGCAGAACAACAGUUUAAGAGGCCGUAUGCAACUGUCUUGUAUUGGAUGUCUCCUACUAUCAUUUCUUCAAUUGUCUUCUUGGGAUGUGUUCUCUUUCGAAGUGCCCCACUGAAUGCCAGCACAAUCUUCACAGUUCUUGCAGCACUUAGGGGCAUGGCAGAACCUGUGAGAAUGAUACCAGAGGCGCUUUCAAUUUUGAUACAAGUUAAAGUUUCACUUGAUAGAAUAAACACCUUUCUGUUUGAUCAUGAGCUAAAGAGUCCUGAAAUAAUGGAGGAGUCAUUGCCUAAUUGUGAUAGAACUGUUGAAAUCCAAGCAGGCAACUUCGGUUGGGAUCCAGAAAUACCAAUUCCUACGAUUAGAGAUGUGGCUCUUGAGAUAAGAAAGGGGCAGAAAAUUGCAAUCUGUGGACCAGUUGGAGCUGGAAAAUCAUCACUCUUGUAUGCAGUGCUUGGGGAGAUACCAAAAAUUUCAGGAACAGUUUAUAUUUCUGGAUCCAUUGCCUAUGUUUCUCAAACAUCUUGGAUCCAAAGUGGGACAGUUCGGGACAACAUACUCUAUGGGAAGCCAAUGGACAUGGAAAGAUAUGACAAGGCCAUUAAAGCCUGUGCUUUGGAUAAAGACAUCGAUAGCUUUAACCAUGGUGAUCUCACAGAAAUAGGUCAGAGAGGGAUUAACAUGAGUGGAGGACAGAAGCAGAGGAUUCAACUUGCUCGAGCUAGAAGAAUUCUCCAAAUGCACGGUGAUAACUGUUGCUCAUCGUGUCCCUACAGUUAUAGAUAGUGACAGGGUCAUGGUCCUCUCAUAUGGGAAAUUGGUGGAGUAUGAUGAACCCUCAAAGCUUAUGGAGACAAACUCUUCUUUUUCUAAGCUUGUAGCUGAAUACUGGUCCAGUUGCAGGAGAAAUUCCUAUCAAACUCUAAACAACUUUUAAAGAAAAUGGAACUGCAUGUCGAGUGUCGACCCCAAUUAUAAUAAGAGCAUGCGUUGGGUAUCUAAGCCACAGAAAAAAUACCUUUAGUGUGUUUCCCAUGAUAGCUGUAAGGGUAGUGGAAAAGUAAAUUAUUUGAGGUGAGGGAAUUAGUGUUCUUUGUAUCAAUGAUUUCAGCGUUAGUGGGAAACAAUGAGCAUCAUUCUGAUGCAGAAAGUAUGCUUCUUCCUUUUUCUGUAUUUUUAUUUAAUCCCAGAUAAAGACAACUAGCAGUACAGUUAAUCGACGAACUAAUGCAAACAUUCUUUGUUUGCCAUCAUUAUAUCUUAAUUGGAGAAAAAUUAGCAUGAUUAGUUACCUUAACAAUAUGCGAGAAACUAGAGGGACCGUAAUAAUGGUAAUAUCAUUUG